AUGGAAUCAGACGAAGGCACAAGUGCUGUAGAUAAUGGAGAACAAGAGGAAAAUGUAUUUUCUAAUGACUUUACAGACGAUUUUGAAAAUGGCUGGAACAAUGAGAACAGCGAUAAUCAGCCACCUAUGAAUCAACAAGCACCAACAUCCCAACAACAACCAGUUCCAGUUCAGAAUGAGAAUCGAUUUGUUCCAAAUAACAGCAACAGAGGCACUAAUCGUGGUGGGAAAAUGAAUCGAGGAGGAAGAGGAGCUGGUCCAAACAAUUGGAAUCCUCAUCAAAGUGGUCCACCACCCCAACAACCUCAACAAUUGCAACAAGAACUUUGGGUCGAGACUAAAACUGGUGAUAAUAAGUCCUAUUUUUAUCAUGCUGUGACACGUGAAACCACUUGGAAUCGUCCAGAUGGUCCUAAUAUUAAAGUCAUGACUCAGGCUGAGUUUGAAGCAUAUACAAGACAACAAAUGAGACCAAUGGAGCAACAAAGACCUGAACAAAUUAAGGAUCCCAAAAUGACAAUGAUGCCACCAAAUUUAAUGGAGCAUAAUACACAUUUACCUCCACCAACCCAGCAAAUGCCUCCAUUUAUGCCACCUUUUAAUGCUAAUGUUUCACCUUUUGGAAUGCAUGCUCCACCUCAUUUUAAUGCUCCAUUUCCACAAUGGCAGCCACCAAAUGAUCCAGCAAAGAUGUUUGACAAUAGAAUUGAUCCAAAAAUUCUCGCAAAAGCAGCAGAAUGGACUGAACAUCGUGCACCAGACGGUAGACCUUAUUACUUUAGUUCAGCACGCGGUGAAAGUGUUUGGGAACGUCCACAAGCAUUGAGAGAGCUUGAUGAAGCCCGAGCAGCGUUUAUGCAUCAACAACCGCCAAUAACAUCGAGUCAAGGUAGUAUAACGUUUGAUUCUGCAGGAAAUAUGGUCAAGCCAGGUGCUUUGAUGCAAAAACCUCCAAUUGAUGUUGUUGAUCCAGCCGAGAAAGAUCGUAAAAGGAAGGAGGAAAUGGAAAAGGCUAAAUUGCCACCAAAACCGCAAGAUAAAACUCGACCAAUAUCCAGUACUCCAAUCGCAGGUACUCCUUGGUGUGUUGUCUGGACUGGAGACAGUCGAGUUUUCUUCUAUAAUCCAUCGUCACGACAAAGUGUCUGGGAAAGACCACAAGAUCUUGUCGGACGUCCUGAUGUCGAUAAAGCAGUUGGAGCAAUACCUGAUCAACUGAAAAAGGAUGGUAAUGUAAAGGAAGAGGUACAGGUUAGUGAAAAAGCUAAUAAUCCAGGUACAAAAGUGGAAUCGGAGAAAAGCAGCGAAGAGGAAGAAGAAGACGAUGAAGUUCCAACCAAAAAGUCUAAAGUCGAAGAACAAAUAGCAGUGCCAGUAAAAAUUCAAAAUGCACCACCAAUUGUCGAAAAGAAAGUCGAAGUUAAGGAUCCAGCGGUUGAAGCAGAAUUGAAGGCUGCCAAGGAAAGAGCACAAAUUCCGUUGGAAGUAAGAGUUAAGCAGUUCAAGGAAAUGCUAAAGGAAAAGGAAGUUUCAGCAUUUUCAACAUGGGAAAAGGAAUUACAUAAAAUUGUAUUUGAUCAACGUUAUUUACUUCUUGCAAGCAAAGAACGAAAACAGGUAUUUGAGAAAUAUGUCAAGGACCGUGCUGAAGAUGAGAGACGUGAAAAGAGAUUUAAGGCACAAAAGAAACGAGAUGAUUUUAAGACCUUAAUGGAGGAAGCAAAUUUGCACUCUAGAUCAAACUUUUCAGACUUUUGCUCCCGAUAUAGUCGCGAAGAGCGCUAUAAAGGUAUUGAAAAAAUGCGAGAGCGUGAACAUCUUUUUAAUGAUUUCUUAAGCGAGUUGAGGCGACGCGAAAAGGACGAAAAACAUCUUAAGAAGGAACAGAUUCGAAAGGAAUUCUUUGACUUGUUAAAGUCACAUUCAGAAAUCGACAGACAUUCACACUGGAUGGAUAUAAAGAAGAAAUUGGACCAAGAUCCACGAUAUAAAGCCAUCACUGAUUCAAUACAGCGUGAGGAUUAUUUUUAUGAAUAUGUUAAGAUGCUGAAAGACGAAAGAAAGAAGGAAAAAUCCAAGAAAGCUAAAAAGUCUGAAAAGAAGGAAAAGAAAAAGAAAUCAAAGGACAAGGAUCGUCACAGAAAUGAGUCAAUCAACAGCAUUAAUGAUUCUGAAAAUAAGAGUAAUGACGAUUCUGUUAAAAUUGAAAAAGAAUCGCCAGAAAAAAACGAUGAUGAAAUUAAACCAACAGACAUGGAAAUUGAUGACGAGGAUAUCAAGUCUGAUGGAAUGGACGUCGACAAGUCAGGUACAGAAAGUGAAAAAGAUCAAGAAGAUGGCGAACAUUCAGGCACAGAUGAAGACAGUGAAACUGAAAAGGUUCGUAAAGAUAAAGAACGUCAACAACGUGCAGAAGCAAGCAUAAAGGAACGUGAAAAACAAGUCCAAUUAAAGCUUGCUGAACAUUUAAGAGAUCGCGAUAAGGAACGACAACAUCACAAGCAUGAUGAAGCUAUAAGAAAUUUUGGUGCUCUUUUAGCUGAUUUGGUGCGAAAUCCAGACUUGACAUGGAAAGAAGCCAAGAAAUUACUGAAAAAGGAUCAUCGAUAUGAUUCAGAUUUGGACCGUGAAGAACGUGAAAGAUUAUUUAACGACCAUAUUAACUUGCUGGCUAAGAAGAAACGUGACAAGUUCCGUGAAAUGCUUGAAGAAAUCACAACAUUGGAACUGACUAGUCCAUGGAAAGAAGUUAAACGUCAAAUUCGUGACGAUCCUCGAUACUCGAAAUUCGGAAAUUCUGAUCGGUGCGAACGAGAAUUUAGAGAUUACAUAAGAGACAAAACAGCAAAUGCGAAAUCCGAGUUUAAAGAGCUUUUGCAGGAAUGCAAAUUGAUUACGCACAAGAGUUUUGACUUAUACAAGGAAAAUCAUAAUCAUUUAAAGGAAAUUGAAGAUAUCUUGAAGAAUGACAAACGCUAUUUGGUCUUGGAACACAUGCCGCGUGAACGAACAGACAUGAUUCUAUACUAUUUUGAAGAUUUAAAGAAGAAAGGCUUUCCAGCACCAAUAACACAAACAGUAGAUAAUAAUCGACGAAAGAAAUAA